GUGACGGCGGCUCCGCCCUCACCAGUCCUCGCAGAAACUCUGCCCAUUCCCCCCCCAGAUGUUACGGAGAAGUUGAUUCAUUUCUGCAGCCUGAGCAGCAGCGGCCGAUCACCACGAGAGGACUUUUCCUUCUCCACUACCCGCUGGACUUUGGAAGCUCCACAGCUCCAGUUUCUCUGCGGAAACUCGCUCCGUCGACUGUGUGACUAAAACCCUCCAGAACCAGCUGCAGUUCGUUUCCCUCCCCGAGAUCAGCAUGGCAGACUCCGGGUCCAACCCUGCAGCCAGCUGCCUGGAGAAGACCAAAAGUUACGCGAAGACCCAGAAAGGUCUGAUCCUUUCAGCGGAAAUAAUCAUCAGUUUCAUCAUCCUCAUCUGCUACGCUGCAUCUCAGUAUGGAGGCUACUCUGCCAUUGCCAUCUGCGAGAUGAUCUUUUCCAUAGUCAUCUUUGUAAUCUUCAUGAUGGAGCUGGACAAGCAGAUCCAACUGGUCAACUGGCUCUGGACUGAUUUUCUCCGAGCUGUCAUUGGUGCUGCCAUUUACAUUAUCACUUCUCUUGUGUGUGUCAUCGGAGGAUAUGGGGACGGAGCUCGAAUCGCAGGAGGGGUGUUUGGUUUGCUCGCCGGUUUCCUCUUUGCUUACGACACCUACACCAUCUACCUACAAAUCAAAUCCACCAGGCAGCACUCAGCAGCUUCUACUGAUGACCGAGUCUGAGCAACCCCCCCACCCCCCCACGCGCCGCUGGAAACAGCAGCAGCAGAGCUAAAGAAGGAGAGCGAGUCACUGAGGAUGAUCACUGUAAAACGAGCAGGUCACACUUUAAUGUAAUUACACCACGUGAACAAAUAAGUUAAGUAUUUUCAGGUUGUUCAUGACGUAACCAAAGUGACUGGUACUCAACACGUGUGCCAGCAUGUCUGCUGCACGCCGUAUUCCUCUUGCAAGUUUUUAGACCAGCCUAGACCACUAAUAAAAAGGGAAAACUGUCAAUAACAGACGAUGUGAGAAUGUGGUUGAUGCCAUCAAGACCUUCAUUUUAAAUACAUGUGUUUACUGUUAGUAGACUGCUGUAAUAAAUAGUAACUGUUAAUUGGACAUCAGAAGUAACUGACGCAUUGGUGGGUCAUUUUGUCAUUAUUUAAUAUAAUAAUUAUACUUGUAUGGAGUUUCUUUUUUCUAUAUUUUUAUUAAGCUUUCUCAGCUGGUUAAACAUUUUUAUUUCAUUACUCAAUUCUAAGAUUUCACGUGUGAAACAGUGCCUUCAAGUCCAUUUUAAAUCUUCUGGUUGUUCCUUACUCAUUUGAUGAAGCCUAAACAUUUGAAAUGGUCUGCUGUUAUUUAUCAGUAAUUUAGCAUCUUUAUUUGUAUAAGAGGUUAUAGUUGAUCUGAAAGGUGCUUAAUCAGCCAUUAACUUCAGUGUCAAUGUUAAAUUAAUGAGGGUCAUCCUUCACUUUUACUUACUCCUUUUAUUUCUGGCUCAGGUUAUAUUUGUAUUUUUUGCCUCCAUGUGUGCCGCAUUUUAUAGGUGCAGAAUAUUUUUCUGUUGACAUUGUAUGCGACCUGUAGUGUGGUCCAGGUAUAUUUUUAUUUAAAGAGGAAGAUAAUUAAACAUGUUUAUUGAGAAGAGUAGGUGACAUUUUAUUACUGUUUUGAACAUCUAAAUAUGUACUACACGUGCUUCCUCUGGAGGUUAUUUUCAGUCAAAUGUUUCAUUUGUGUUUGUUUUUUUUCUAAUGUGCUUUACAAAUGUCUCCAGCUUGUCAUUUCAAAUUGCAAAUCAGCCUUGCUUUGAGAAAUAAAACGAUUUGUUACUACAAAUAA